UAAGCUGCUUGCGCCUAAAUUGCUGCGCGCUGCAGACAGAACUGUCGCUUGGCGCUGCUCCUCCGCCGUUUCCCCUUUUUCUUUCUUUUUUUUUUUGCAAGCCAGCGCAAGAGUUUUCGCCGCCCCUCCACCCCGGAGGUGAGCUUCCUCUUUGCAAAAAAAAAAAAGAGAAGGGAAAAAAGCAAGCGCGGAGGACAAGACCGCAUCCAAGAUGAAGGCGUCUUUUGCAAUCCUGCUGGCCGCCUGUCUCAGCGUGCAAAGAGCUUCCUCGCUGGUGUGCUGGUACUGUGAUGGAGCGGAAUCGAACUGGGGCUGUUGGAGGUGGCAGAUUUGCUCUGAUUCAGAAACCUCUUGUGCUACCGUCUACGUUGGUGCAGGAGUAGGUGGUUAUGCGUCGCAGUCCAUCACCAAAGGCUGUGUUUCGGUUUGCCCGCAAAUGGGGAUCAACCUUGGCUUCGCGGCCACGUCCGUCAGCUGCUGCUCGUCUUUCUUAUGCAACACCAACGGAGCCAGCAGCGUCAAAACAAACCACCUGGUCUUGGCUGCUGGGAUCGCGGCCAGUUUCUUCUACCUCUUUGGACCCAAGCUGUGAUUUUUGAGAAAUCUCUGCACGCAGAAGGAAUCUGCUCAGCCUUUCUCCGCCGAGAAGCCCCAAGAUAACGUGUUUUCAAUGGCAUAUAGUUCCAUUGCUUUUUAACCCAAUGAAUCUGUCUCUCUGCACUUUGUAUUGGUCUUAAGAGGAGAGACCUUUCCCACUUCUCUUUUUUUUGGGGGGGGGGGUAGGGGGGGAGAUGAGAUGUUUUGUAUGGCAACACUGCCCCCUUGAGGCUGCUGGGAUUUCUGCACACCAAGGUGAGGAGGUGCAACUUGUUGGAAGAAUUUUGCACCAAAGAGAAGCCAAAAACUCCGCUGAACGAAACAUUCCUAAUCCCGAUGGUGGGCUUUAAACAGGGGCCUUAAACAGUGAUUUUUGCUUGAUGGCUCACCAGGAGGCAAAAUCGAUUGGGGGUGGGGUGGGGUAGGAAAACCCCUCGGAUGAUUUUUUUUUUUUGUAAAUUCUGAAUUUAGAUCCAGUGUUUUGCUUGUCACAUUUUACAUAAAGAGCAAUGUUGGGAUUUAGAACACGGUUGUUUUUGUUUGUUUGUUUGUUUUUGCCUCUUAAAAUUUUACGUUAAAAAGUUAACACUGUCUAGACAAUUUUGCAAGCUAUGUGGGUUUUCCACACACUGUAUUCUUGUGCUUUCUGAACUUUAAUAAAUACAUUUUGGUUUUUACCUUA